CUUUAAAAACAUUAAUUCAAGAUUAAAUCAACAUUACGAGCCGCUGUCAGAAUUAGGUUACAUUCCUCCAUUUCCCAACCAGCUCUGAGGUAAUAAAUAGGGUCACACUGCAGUCGUGUUAACACAUAACGUCCCACAAUCUGCAUCAAUCUUGACCAAACAUCGUAGCACAAAGCUAAUUUACGACGUUUAUCAUUGCUGGUUGUCACGAACGAAGACAAGGACAGACAUCUGUGUCCAUUCUGUGACGUUGUAACAGGAUGUUGACUGAGAUUAUACUGGGGGCAGCCGUUGUGCUGUUUAUCGCCUACAUUUAUCAGUGGAAACGGAAGUAUAGCAAGAUGCCUCCUGGUCCAAAACCACUGCCAGUUCUGGGCAAUUUCCAAGAAAUAAAAGACUCUACAAUGCUCAAUGAUCUCACUAGAUUGGGUUCGCAAUACGAUGGCAUAUUCACCGUCCAUUUGUUAAUGGAACCUGUACUCAUUUUGGACCAGUUCCACAUCAUAAGGGACCUCCUUCUUUCUCCUGCAUAUGCUGACAUCUUUAGUGGAAGGGUUAAUUCAUACAUUAGCAAGUAUUUGCUUCCGGAUGAUUUGCUUUUCCAGACGGCCAGUGACACACAGCAAUACCUGAGAAAACUGACCUUUCGAGGAAUAAAACAAUAUGGAACUGCACUGAAAAACGUUGAGCAUCUUGCCCAAACUGAAAUACAAGAAAUGAUCAACAGGUGCAGAGAACGAAAUGGAGUCUCUUUUGACCCGUGGAAUGACCUGAACCAAUAUGUCAGCAACGUGAUCUUGGUUUUGCUUUGUGGACGAAAAUUUCAACUUGGCCAUAAGACACUGGAAAAUUGUCAGAAAAUUUCAGAUGCCUAUGAUGUCCUUUUACACCACAAGAACCAGUUUCUCAUUGACAAUGUCCCGUUUAGUACGACGUUGAUACCACAACUGAGACACGCUUGCCAAUUUUUGAAGGAUGGUUACCACUAUUUUACCGAAACUUUUGACAAAAUAUCACAGGAAUCCAAGGAUACGACGCCCAACUGUCUCUACACUUUGCUUUUACAAGAGCAUGAGGAGGGAUUGAUAUCAACGGAAAAUAUAAAAGGUGUCAUGGUGGAUUCCCUGCUUGCAGGUGUUAUCACAACAAAACCAACCAUGUACAAUGCCCUAGCUGCAAUGGUAAACUUCCCUGAGGUUCAGAAGAAGAUCCAGGAGGAGAUCCAGAGAGUGGUUGGAAAGGACCGACUUCCUGGUUUGGAGGACCGGAACAAAAUGCCCUACAGUAAGGCUGUGGAAUUAGAAUUAUAUCGCUACUACACUCCUAUCGGUACGCCUGGACCAAGGAACACUACCCAGGACUGCAGCUUUAAAGGUUACAGCAUCCCCAAGGGCACAAGGGUUAUUUACAACGUAUGGCGUGUACACCACGACGAAUCAUUUUGGGAGAAUCCCUUCACGUUUGAUCCAACCAGAUUCUUGGAUGAUAAUGGCGAACUUCUGCCAUCGGAGGAUGAAAAGCGUCAGAGACUGCUGACGUUUGGUGUCGGAAAGCGUUCUUGUAUUGGUGAGAAGCUGGCCCGAGUCAGGAUAUUUCUUGGACUGACGUCUAUCCUGCAAAACUUCGACCUUGUUCGUGAUCCGUCAGAGCCUUUCCCUUCAUCCGACCCGAGCACAUACGAGCCUAAAUUUAUCUUACAGCCACCUCCAUACAGGCUGCAGUUCAAACCCUAGACAUUGAAAGUCGCAUUGUCCCUGUUUACGACACACACAUAAGCUUUGAGAUUUGUCGAAAGUGUUAGAGCUUCUGUCGUGAGCCAUUCUCCCUGAUAACCCCUAAAUUUACGUGUAUCUCGACAGGAACUAAUUGAAGUCAUUAUAGUUAUGGAUAUACAUGUGACGUCUUCAUAAUCAACCCAUGUGACAAGUAUAUUAUCAACUUCGACUAAUUCCAAAUGGAUUUAAUUUCUGUAUGCUUA